AUGGCUGCGUCAGGUACUGGCAAAUCCACAAGAUACUGGGACUGCUGCAAGCCAUCUUGUGCGUGGGCCGGAAAGGCAUCCGUUAACCAGCCGGUCCUGACUUGCGACAAGAAUGACUCCCCUUUGGACCCUGGUGCAAAGAGUGGCUGCGAGAGCGGCGGCUCUGCCUAUACAUGCACCGGCCAAGCCCCGUGGGCCGUCAAUGGCCUCGUCUCCUUUGGGUUUGCGGCUACAGCCAUCAAUGGCGGCACCGAGGCCAGUUGGUGCUGCGGCUGCUAUGCCAUCACAUUUACGUCCGGCAAGAACAAGGGCAAGAUCAUGGUAGUUCAGUCAACCAACACAGGUGGUGAUUUGGGCAGUAACCACUUCGACAUUAUGAUACCUGGUGGUGGUUUAGGGAUCUUUGACGGCUGCACAAGCGAGUUCGGUUUCCAGUUUCCUGGUGCUCGUUAUGGCGGUGUCUCAAGCCGCAGCGAGUGCUCUGCUCUACCUGCCAAGCUUCAGAGUGGGUGCCAAUGGAGGUUCGACUGGUUCAUGAACGCAGACAACCCCGACUUGUCCUUUACCCAGGUCCAGUGCCCAGCAGAGCUAGUGACUCGGUCGGGUUGUCGCCGCUCUGACGACGCCAGUUUCCCUGCCUUUCAAAUGCCGACCAACACCAAGUGGGAGCCGCCGCAGUCCACGGAGGUGGCGGGGCCGAACGAGCAGUGUGACAGCACUACAUGGGAUGCCCAGAAGAAGUCCCACGGCAUCAUCUUCAUUAUCAAGUCCAGGAGCAUUUUCCACAACAAGCACGAGCACCAGCUUGCGAUUAUCGACGACGUCGGUUUCUCGACCAACCACGACAACCAUCUCCACAUUCUCAACCUCGGUUGCAUCAACAACUCCCAUCCCAGCGGGAGGAACGGUGCCUGUUUGGGCUCAGUGUAA